AUGGAGCAGUUCAACAGAAGUUUUGGGAUGCAUCUGACCAGUGCCAUUACCGGAAUAACUUUAAUGAUGAUUCUAUUUGUUUUUCAAAGUCUAUAUUUAUUCCUAGAAAAUGAUUUAAACUGGCCAAUGAUAAUGACAUUAGCUCUAGGAUUUAUUUUUCUACUAAUCAACUUGUGGAACAUAGAAAUCUUUGAUCAAAGUGGUUAUUCCUUAGGUUUUCAUCGGCCAAAAGUACAAACCACUUCAUUGGAUGUAUCUUGGUUCAAGAUUGGUUCGAUGGAAAUAAAAGCAGUUGAAACUCGUUUUAAAGGUUGA